AAACAAACACGUUUACGAACACCUCUGCCUUCUCAAAAUACAACACACACCUCACAACUAUGACUUAUUAACCAAGAGCAGCACACACUGCUGUCCCGAGUUAACCUCUACGCACCAAUGUAGACCACAUGCUGCUAUAAUGGCUGCCAGCAGGGUCCCAGUUGUCACGCUGUGACAUCAUAUGGCGGCCAUUUUGGCGAGCGCCUCGGUCAGCACCAUGAAGACCUUGUGGGAGACCAAGAUCCAGAAAAUUCAGGAGAAUCACAACAACCAGAGAAGGAAGCCACGCAGCAGAUUGGUUGCGGCGGACGUUUGGGAAGAGCGCCACACGCUGGCUCGCCUGCGAGACAAAGUGAAGAUGCAAGAUGGCCGGCUGCUUCUGUGCCUGGAGCAGGAGGACUGGAAGGCGCUGCCGGGCUGCCUGGUGCGGCUGAGUCAGGUCCAAGAGUGGCACAUCCACCGGACGGGACUGCAGAAGAUUCCGAGCUUCAUCUCCCUCUUCAGCAAUCUCCUGGUCCUCGACUUGUCGCGGAACGGAGUGACUGAGAUCCCCAAAGAAAUCGGCAGCUUGACGCAACUUCGGGAACUUUUGCUCAGCUAUAACAAAGUCCGCUUCGUUCCGGAGGAACUGGGAGACUGCGAGAGCCUUGAGAGGCUGGAACUUGCCAUCAACCGCGAGCUGGACCGGCUUCCGGACAAGCUGAGCCAGCUGAGGCGCCUGGUUCGCGUGGACCUGUCCAUGAAUGCCUUUGGCACCAUCCCGCCUUGCCUGCUGCGCAUGCCGGCGCUGGAGUGGCUUGACAUGGGGGGGAAUCGCCUUCGCUCCCUGCCCCAAGACAUUUACAGGAUGCAGAAGCUGCGCGCCCUCUGGCUGCAGAGGAACCUGCUGGAGACAGUUCCGGAAAGUGUGGGCAGGAUGUCCCGCCUGGACACGCUGGUCCUGAGUGGUAACCGGCUGAGUGACAUCCCCCCCGUCAUGGAGAAGAUGGACAACCUCAGGUUUGUUAACUUCCGGGACAACCCGCUGACGCUGGAGAUGGCCGCCGCCGUCGACGAGGAGGAGCGUGAGAUGUUCGGACGAGAGUUCAUGCUGACGUACAUCCAGGAGGCCCGCAAGAGAGCGCUUGACGAGGCCAAUUAGGAGGGAGGAGACGGAGGCGAGAGGGGCGUGGCCGUCAACAGGACAUUCUCCGGGGUCACCUGAGUGUCAACGUAACGCGUUAGCCGUCCACAGAAUCCUCGGCGGCGAAGGAACUCCAUUCUGCCGGCGUCCAGCAGAUGCUUGCAGCGGCGACCAAUCCGCUCGCGCUCAGCCGGCGACAGCCACCUGCCGACGGGAAAUAAAGGCAAACAAGCAAA